AUGCCCAUUGGCGAUACUGGCGAGCCGCGGCGGUUGCUGGCUCUGACACUCUACGCGACUACCAACACCGCGAACGCCGAAGCCCCGGCGCCAUCACGAAAGCUCAUUCCCUUCGACGAGGUGGCCAAGCACAACAAGCGCGACGACUGCUGGGUCAUCAUCGCGGGCAACGUAUACGAUGUUACAGAGUUUAUGGCGAUCCACCCCGGGGGAGCAGCAGUCAUCCUCGCCGCGGCGGGCAAGGACGCAACAAAAGUCUUCGUGCCCUUGCACCCUCCAGAUGCGCUCACCAUGCUUCCAAGAAGCAAGCACCUCGGGCCAGUCGACCCCGCAACGCUCCCGGAAGUGGAGGACGAGCCGACGGAGGAGGAGGAACGGAUUGCGGCUGAGCGGGAGCACCUUCCGUCGGUCGAGAACAUGCUCCUCCUGAGCGACUUCGAGGAGUGGGCUGAGCGCGUGCUCGGCGCCACGGGGUGGAACUACUACCGCUCCGCGGCGGACAGCGAAGCGACGUUCGACAACAACGAGGCGGCAUUCAAGCGCUACUUCUUCCGCCCGCGCAUCUUGCGCGACAUCACACAGGGCUCGCUCGAGACUGAGGUGUUGGGCCAGAAGACGGCCAUGCCCGUCUUCAUCAGCCCGGCCGCGAUGGCCAAGCUCGGCCACCCGGUCGGCGAAGUCAACUUGACGCGCGGCGCCGGCGCCGCCGGCAUCGUGCAGGGAAUCUCGAUUAACGCGUCGUGCUCGCUCGACGAGAUCAUGGCCGCGCGGCAGGCGGGCCAGAACGUCUGGUUCCAGAUCUACCUUAACCGGGACAGGGCGGCGUCCGAGCGCCUCCUGGAAAAGGUGACGGCGCUGGGCGCCGCCGCGGUGAUUUUCACCGUCGACGUCGCGUGGCAGAGCAAGCGCACGCGCGACGUGCGCGGCAAAGCCGCCGUCGCGGCGCCCAUCGCGACGACGGACGCGGAAGGCGCGCGCGGCACGGCAGGCAAGCAGGGCGCCGGCGUCGCCUCCGCCAUCUCGGGAUACCAGGACCCGCACCUUGUGUGGAGCGACAUCGAGUUUAUCCGGAAACACACGAGCCUCCCGAUCAUCGUCAAGGGAGUGCAGAGCGUCGAGGACGUCGCAGCGUGCGUCGACGCCGGCGUGCAGGGUGUCAUUUUGAGCAACCAUGGCGGGCGGAGCGCCGACUAUGCGCCCGCACCCAUUGAUUUGCUGUAUGAGCUGCGCGCGCUGCGCCCCGACCUAUUCGACAAGGUCGACAUCAUGAUGGACGGCGGGGUGCGCAGCGGCGCCGACGUCGUCAAGGCCCUCGCGCUCGGCGCUAAGGCGGUCGGCCUCGGCCGCCCAUUCCUCUACGCGAACUCGACGCAUGGGCAGGACGGGGUGGAGCGUGUCUUCUUGCACGAGGAGAUCACAAACACCAUGCGCAACUGUGGCGUGUCUCGCGUCGAGGACCUCAAGCCUGAGAUGGUCGGGCCAGCUGGGCCAUGGGUCGGCGCCAACCGUCCUCCAUGGCUGUAG